AUGAGGCAAUAUCAGACGCUGGUGGUGAUAUUUUUAUUGUCGUGGACCUUAUCCAUCCUGAGCAGUCCCAUCCAUUCAGAUCAAGCAGAAGGGCUUCCAUUAUUAAUCGAAUUCCCACCCGAGGACCUCGAGUUUGGAAGGAUGGCAAAUGUGAAGCGACAACUGAAAGGUAAGGGAUGCCCUGGGGGCCUGGAAUCAUCCGCUUCAGCCUUUGCAGAGCCCUCGAAUACACGAAAACUGAACGCCAUGAGUAUGAUGCGAGCCCUGAUCAACUUGCGGCGAUAUUAAACAUUCCACACUCACAACGAUCUCAUCUCGCCGUCAUAUAUCUCAUGUGGAUACCUAAGGUUGUAUAAUAUAUUUUUUCGCGUAAUAAAUCAAUUUGUAAAUACCGUAUGUCACGAGAAGUUUUGUCCUAUGGAUAAAUUAACGAUGACGAAGAUGGAGCGAGAUACGCAGAAAUUCACGGUCGAUUUGGCAAAUUGCAAACCUCACAAUUUUCGGGAGCCGUUCCAACUUUUUUUGGUUUAAAAAUUAUUUUUGGAACUGUUUUGGCGUUCAACUUUCGUUUUUGGCAUUCUGUUGCAAGUAAAAUAAAUCGAAUAAUUUUCGCAAGAAAAGGUAAUUUAUUCUCACACUACUUGUACUGUCCAGUACUGGAUUCAUUUUACUCGUGUGAAAGUUUAAACACUUUUCUAACUAUUUAUCGAUUCAAUUUUAUAUUGUUUUGUUUUUUGAACCUCCCAAGGAGAAAUGUUGUCUAUGAUGGGACUUUAAAAAAGCAGAUUAUGUCAUAGUCACAUAUCCGUCCUCAUCCCGUGUUCCAAGUAUAUUAAUAUCAUCAUUUAUUCAUUCGUGCAUGCAAAUCUGGGACAUUUUAAUUAAUUUAAGCCCAGAAGAUGGUAUGCGUUCCUUGCUUCAUUCUGCCCGUUCUGGUGAUAAUCUACGUUCGUUUCAUCCAGCCGCUGAUUCUCAAAUUCGUCCCGAAUGCGUGGAAAACGAAGCUGGAUUCCUGGCUAUAUCCGACUUGUCCAUUGGAUCUAAAAAAGAAUAAAAAGACCAAGCCUGAAGGAGAAUGUUGUUCAACUGAGGCUUCCGAAGAAAAGGAGGCAACUCACACGAACGAAGAAACAAAGAAGAACGAGUAA